CACAGGUUGGUGUUACUGAAUUUUGACCCACGCUGCUCGCCGUAGUUUCACUUGUUUUGCGGGACGCUUGAUGACGGGGACAUGACGGACAGUUUGAAGAGUCGGUUAGAGUUCUCCAGUCCUGUCAUCCAAGCACAGGCGGUGCGGAGCCUUGUUGUUGCUGUGCUGAAAGAAAAAGGCCCAAACGAUCAGAUUAUUCAGUCGUCCACCCAGAGCCCAGCGUGGGAGAGCCUGUGGCAGCAGUGCUGCAGUGACUGCGCUCACUUGCGUUCUGUCUGCUGCGAUGCUGUGGUUCUGUUGGUGGAGCAGGGUCAUGCAGACCUGCAGAACAUCCUCAACUCUGUCCUCAAUCUUCUACCUUCUGCCAGCAACCUUCAGGGGCUCCUAAAGAUCAUUGGUCGACUGCUGCAGAUGCAGGCCGACCAGAGAGAGAAGGAGGCGAACUUUACCUGUCCAUACUCCAUCAGGAACAGCCCACAUCCAUACAUCACUGCCCUGGAAAACCGCAUGGACUGCUGGCCAGCUUUGCUGUUGGAGAUUGAUGGCUUCAUUCAGCUGGCUGUUGAAAGAAAUAAAGCCUCGUACAUCACCAUGUUGGCUCCCUUCCUCCGUUACCUGUACUGCGAGCCCCAGCAGCUGCCCCAGCAUGCCUUGCUCCGUCAGAGUCUCCUCAGGGUGCUGCUGCCAACACAGCCCACUCCCGGAUCCGCUCCUCAGGACAGAGACCAGGAUCAGGCCUCAGCCGUUCACGACAGCCUGCUGCUGUGUCUUUGUCAGCUGGUUCCUCACAUGCAGCUGGACAGGGUGGAGGCAGCGCUGGAAUUGAGCGUGUUUGCAGAUGCUCUUCUUCAGAAACUCACCAGGGCUUCUGGAGAAUUCUGGAUCCGUGAGAGAACCAGUUUGCUGCUGCAGCUGCUGUGUGCAUGUCAGCGAUGCCUGAAGCUGAACACAGACUGCCGGCCUCUGCUUGAUCUGAUUCAGCAGCUCCUGCCUAUCUGCCAACAGGACCUUCCACUGGAUGAACUGCUGAUGAGCUCGGCGCUGCUCCUGUUAGAGGCACCUGCAGCUCAGCAGAGCCGACUGCUCAGCCUCGCUCUGAGUUUGGCCCCUGAGGAUGCAGAGCAACCGCCUUGGCUGAGCCCAGUUCUGGUUUUGCCAGUGCUGCAGCUUCUCUCCUGUUCAGGUCUCACUGAACCUCUGGCUGAUCAGAGAACCCACAGGUCAAUCCACAGCCUGGCUCACAGGCUGCUCCGCAGCAUCAGCAGGCCCACAGCCAGACCUCCACAGCCGGGCCCGGGCCUGACCCUCCCUCUCAGCCCCUGGUACAGUGAGCUGAGUGUUGCUCUGUCCAUCCUGCGCAGAGUAGCUCGCGAUCCGGCGGCAGCAGCCGAUUGGCUGUUGGCAGUCAGCUCGGCCUUGUCCUGCAGUCAACAGCUGCCCUCCUCAUGCACCCUCAUCGUGACCCAUCUCAUCAUUGCGGGUGACGAGGAUGUCUGCCAGCUGGCUUUGAAAGCAUGCCAAGCCAUUGCCUCUGUCGACCCCUGCCAGGUGCCAUCCCUGAUUCCUGUCCUGAUGUUCAAACUGUCGAGGGAGAAGAACCCUGCUACCGCUCUCGCUGUGCUCAAUUGCCUGCCCAACUUUGGGACUCACAAGCUGUGUGUGCCCAUGGUGCUACAGACUCUACAAAUGCUGGCCAGCGCCCCCAAGUUGAAGGCUGUUGUAAUGCGCCUUAUGACUGCUCUCUGGAAAAAACAGGAUCGAGUGUAUCCAGAGCUGCAGCGUCUGCUGAGCCAGCAGGACAGCAGAGUGGUGGUGGGGAAAGACUCGGAGUGGGAACGAGUCCUGGCUCGAGCCGCCUGCCUCAGAGACGUCUGCAGAGAGAGGCCCUACCAGCAUGCUGCAGACAUGUUGGCUGGCAUCUCACUCACACUGAAGCAGUGCAGCAAACCAGACAUGGCGACCCCUGCUGCCCUCGCUCUUCAAGGUCUACGUGAGCUUUGCCAAGCAGAGGUGGUGGAUAUUAUGUCAACAUGGAAAAGUCUGGGUCCUGAGCUUUGCUGCGAUUCCCGCCCAUUGAUGGUUAAAGCUAUAGCCGAGCUCCUGUCCCUGGUUCCACAGCUGCCGGUCAAAUCCGACGACUAUGAGAAACUUAAAGAUGAGGUGGUCAGCUUCCUCUGGAAUUAUGCUUCAAGCAAGAAUCCAGAGGUGGCCGCUUGUGGCUACAAGGCUUUGGCAGCUUUUCCUGAAGGAGUCCACACAGUACUUCACCUUCCUGAGAAGGCCAGACCAGCUGUCAAGAUCCUUGAAAAUGAGGAAGACAACGAUGAAAAUACUGAGGAGGAAGAGGAGAAGGACCUCUCCAUCCCAGGGUCCUCCUACAUGAAGCUGCUGGCUCUGACCUCCUCCUCUGUUUUAUCAGCCUUUGAGCUUUUCUUGACAUCCCUGGUGAGACAGGAGAUGAACCAGAUGCCGCGAGGAGUGUACUUCUCUGCCCUGAGGGGGGGCGGUCUGCGUUCGGACCAGGGUAAAACCGUGGCAGGGAUCCCGUCCUUCAUGCUGAAGACCUACGAGAAAAACAAACAGCCCGGACUCAAGCCUGGACUCGCAGCCGGACUGCUGCUGUCCUAUGAGCUUCCAGUGCAGACGGACCGCGAAGGAAAGCCCAUGGACCGCUUUCUCAUCAGCCGCAGCCGCAGCUACCAGCAGACCCUCACCGCCCUCAUUCAUGAGGUGAACAUUCAGCCCUCAGAGUGGCACAGGGCUCUUCUGCUGCCUCAGGCCUGGAGGGGUUUCAUGAGCCGAACUUUCCACGCGGUCCUGCAGGGCAGAAGGGCUGAUUUGGAAAUGCAGCGUAAACGAGGAAAGGAGGAUCCAGAGGAGCUGCAGUAUAAGCAGCACUGUGCCUGGCUAUGGAGCAGAGAUCAGCUGUCAGAAGUCAUCAAAACUGCCACAAAGGACAGUCCUGUUGUUCAGGGAAACUCCAUCCUGGCUCUGAGCAGCUUGGCUGCUGUCGUUGCCAAAUAUGAGAACAACCUGCCUGCCGACAGCGGCGGCGGCGUGGGGGCUGGACCGGAGUUCGUGCCCACUGCCAGCUGGUUAACGAUGGUGCUCGACACUCUGCUCAGCAUCAUCAGCAGCAGCUACAAGGCCAGAGGACAAGUCUUCCCCUGGUUCUUACAUCGCUCCUAUUCGGGUGAAAACACAGCGAGUGCCAUCGCUCGCUCCUGUGCCAGCCUGGCCCUCUCUCUAAUGGUCCCAGUUCUGGUGGUGUGGCAGAAAGACGGGCUGGUCCAGGUCCUGUCUGCGCUUCAGGCCGGCCUGCCUGGUUCUCCAGCUGCAGACGACUCUCAGGCUGUUCAGUUCCACUCCGGGCUGGCGCUCGGCAUGGUCCUAUCCAGCCUGCACCACCAGCGCCUCAGUGACGUCUCCACUCAGAAGGACAAGGAGUUCCUCCUGAAGUCUCUGGAAGCUCUUGAAAGCUGCUCCUUCAACCCUGACCUGGAAUACAAUACUGGCUGCUUGUUAGGUCUGGCUCUUGUACUGUCAGCCAUGUGCAGUGAAGGUCAGACUGAGCAGCGCGUCUACGUCUGCCGGACUCUGGACAGGCUGCUGGAUAACCUGCAAAACAGUGGCGGGCAAGGACGCAUGCUGCAGGAGGUCUUGGCAUACUCUGUGGCCUGUGUGAGCGUCUCCUCCUUCUGCGGAGGUCUGGUGGACGCCUCCAAGGCCGAGGAGACCAUGAAUGCUCUUCGAGCCCUCACGGAGGAGAGCCAGCAGACGCCGGGCUUCUCUCUCGCUCUCGGGCUGGUCGUCCACGGUUUGGCGUUGUCUGGCCACGGCAAAGCGGAGGACAUCUUCCCUCGUCUGCUGGCUGCUUGGAUCAAGAUUUUACUCGCUGAGGGGUGUCCCACCAUGCAGCGACUGGCUGCAGCCAACGGCCUGGUGGCUUUAGUGGGAUCAGAGAGUUACCUCAUGCAGCUGAAGAGUGAGCUGGAGCUGUCGUCCCAGCAGCAGAGCCGACUCAAUGAGGUCAUCCGAGCCUUCACCCAGGUAGUCAGCUGUUCUGGAGCCAUCGGUUUGCAGUCCAACACCGCCUGUCUGCUGGGACAUCUGCAUUUAGCCCACGUGUCCACGCGUCACAGCAACACUGCAGUUCCUCAGGACUUCAGCUACCUCUCAGAGAAGAGCCUCAUCAGAUCCAUCACCGACUUCAUCAUUGAAGCUGGAAAGAAAGGUCCAGAGGAGUUCCCUCCAGUUCUGGUGAGGUCUGCUCUGACCCCCCUGGCAGUGGUGGGAGGCAGCUUCCAGUUCCCUCCCGUUAACUGGAGUGCGGUCUUGUCCCCUCUGAUGCGGCUGAGCUUCGCAGAGGAGGUGCAGCAGCAGUGUGUGGUUCUGGCAGCAGCUCAAGCUCAGUCCUCCCAAAGCGCCUCUCUGUUUCUGGGCUCCUGGCUGUCUCCGCCGCUCGUGCACAGCCUCAGCAACCAGACUCGAGCCCACCUCUACCAGACUCUGGGGGUGUGGAUGAAGCAUGUAGCUGAGGACAAGCUGCAGGUCUUUGUGGAGACUCUGGGCCUCCAGCCAUUCCAGGAGGACGCUCGACCCCGUCACCUGUCCCUGUGCUCGUCUGUGCUGCAGGGCCUGGCUUCGGCCAUGGCGCUCCCCGACCCCCGGAGCGCCGGCUGGAGCUUGCUCUGCUCCACCACAGAGAAGAUCUUCAACCUCCUGCCCGAACACAUCCAGGAUAACGAAGUGGAUUUGUAUGUGGGCGUGGCCAAGUGUCUGUCAGAGAUGAAUGACUCGGAGAUCGACAGGAUAGCACAAGUGUCAGAGACUGGGAUGGAGAAGACCUGCUUCGUCUUGGCGUACCUCACCUCGCAGGGCCGCGUCCCUCUGCUGGGACUCAACGAUGUCAUCGCCGGCGUGCUGCGUGGUUGGCCGGGCCACAGAGUGGGCUGGCUCCUCCUGCAGGCUUUCUACCAGUGCCGCCUUUGCCCCAGCAACAAUACAGGUGUUUUGAAGCGCAUGGAGUGGCUCCAAGAGCUGAUGGGACACAUCCGAAAUGUUGCCUAUGGAGCAGUCUCUGUCACCUGCAGAGACACAAAGCUGGCCACAGACUUCCUUUUCCAGCUCUUUGCUGCUGCUGUCGUCUGCUGGGCCGACCACCUCAUGCCGCUGCUUCUGGGCGUCAGGACCCAGUGGUUUCCAUGGCAACCAGACCCCAGACCUCCACUGUUGACGCACGGUCUGUAUGGUGUGGAUGUGCAGGCGGACCACACCUUGCAGCAGUGCUUGCUGGGAGUCUGUCACAGCCUGCCUCUGCUGCUGAACAAAGAACCAUGGAGCGGUCAGACCCACAAGUUUAUAGACUGGCUUCUUAGCAUAUCAGACGGUCCUGAACACAGUCUGUCCGCCGUGACCAUCCGCACCGCCAAAGCUGCUCUCUUGGCUCUGAAGUCCUCCGCCGAGUUCAGGAAGAAAGCCGUGUGGACUCGGGCCUACGGCUGGUAGCCCUCAAGAGCGCGGUCCUGUCAUUACCACGGCAACGCUGGACACUCCUCCCUCCUGGGUUUGUCGGAUGGAGAUGGAUGACUGGACUCUCACCACAGCAUUGAAACAAUUCAAGAGGAUGGCCUUCAUCCCAGCGCAACGAACAAACUCUUCACCCUCUUACAAGUAUUACUUCAACGUUUCCUUUAAUGUGAUUCAUACAAUAAAGCAGAGGAACAAAGACA